UGAUCUAUUCAUAAAACACCACCUACCUACAUACACACUUUCUUCCUUUUCGGGGUUUCUUCAUCAUACAAAACCCGCUCCUCUUUUUAGUUCAUAUAUAAUCAUUCGAUCCCCUGUAGUAAUUAAGAGCCUUUUGAUCAACUGUUAAGAAUGACAACCGUGAUCCACCAAAGAAGGGCUUCGUAUUCGGAUCAGCAUGGACAGCGACGUGACAACAAAGAGUCUUUCAAAGAUUAUGGUUCUUUUGAUAGCGAAUAUGUGGCUGCAAUAGCUGCAGCCACGUUUGCUGUACACUCAUUCGAAGAAAGAACAAGCUCCCAGAUUCAAAGAAAAGAUAAAGCUAGAGUAGAAGUUGAAACUAAUUCUUCAAGAACCAAAAUGAAUCCAGCAUCAAAUAAAGCUCCAUCAUUCGGAAGACCAAGUAGGCCUAGAGAGCCGCCAUAUGCUAAUAGAAACUUGAGCAUACAUCAUGGAAGUGGCAACACAAAACUUGAUGCUUGGGAAAUAACUGAAUUGCUCAAGAUUCAAAAACAAUACGAGAAAAGUAGCCUAACAAUUCUAGAAUGGGAAAAUGAGAAGAAAGCAAGAGCUAAACUUCGAGUGGAAGAGAAAAUGAAAAAAUUGGAACAAAGAAGAUCAAUAAGUUGGCAGCACUACCAGAACAAGCUGGCCAGGAUCGAUCAUGUAGCUGGAGGAGCACGAUCACAAGCGGAAGAUAAGAAAAGGAAAGACGAGAAGAAGAUUAAACAGAGAGCAAAUGAGAUGAGAUCACUUGGAGUUUCAUCUCCAAAAUAUUGCUUCUUGUGCUGAUUGAUUGGUGCUUGUUUAAAUGAUCAUAAUACUAAUUGCUUGUUUGAUUUCUAAUACAUUAAGAACUCUUCAAUUAGUGUCACAUAUAUCCAAGUUAAUUAUCAAAA